CGUACAACGCGUACACGUCGCGACUUCACCAUGACUAGUGCUACGUACGCGGUUUUACUCGCCAUCGUCGCCUCGGCGAGCGCUGGCAUUCUACUGGAACAUGCUCCUGCCUGUCCAGAACAUUAUGGAGUACAGGCCUACGCCCACCCCGAGCUGUGCGACCAGUUCUUCCUAUGCACCAACGGAACCCUGACAGUGGAGACAUGCGAGAAUGGUCUGCUGUUUGACGGCAAAGGUGCCGUGCACAACCACUGCAACUACCACUGGGCUGUCGACUGUGGACACAGGAAAGCCGACUUGACCCCUCUUUCCACCCCCGGCUGCGAGUACCAGUUCGGCAUCUACCCCGACAGCCCGGAAUGUUCCACCAGCUACGUCAAGUGCGCCUACGGUAUCCCCAACCAGGAGCCCUGCACUCCUGGACUCGUUUAUGAUGAGCGCACCCACGGCUGCAACUGGCCUGAUCUGCUGCAGCCCUUCUGCAACCCUGAAGCGGUCGUCGGCUUCAAGUGCCCGACCAAAGUACCGGCAAACACGCAAUCUGCUAAGUUCUGGCCGUUCCCGCGGUUCCCUGUGCCCGGCGACUGCCACCGCCUCAUCACUUGUGUCGAGGGUCAGCCUAGACUGAUCACCUGCGAAGAAGGCAAGGUGUUCGACGACCAAAACCUAACUUGCGAGGACCCUGAACUCGUGCCACACUGCGGGCAUGCGUGAUUGGUGGGAGUACACUUAACAAAGCGAAAACGAAAUUGUGUAUUUAAAAUUAUUUGAAAAUAGAAUUCGGUUGUUAAAACGUUAAAACAGUUAGUGUCAAGAUAAUAUUUUUUUUAUUUUCAAAUUAAAUACUCUUGAAAAUAUCGCUUAAACACCAGUGGAUAGGACUAGCGAGUGCCAAACUGGUCGGAUAUUUCAGUCCGUUUGGCAUGUAUUAUUAUUACAGUUAAUUUGAUUUUUUUUCUAAUAAAUAUGAAACAGUCACUUUCAUCUCAGUAUAGUUACCAGUGUUACCUACUGAGUACUGUGCACUUAAUAGAUAUCGUUUUCGUUUUGUGUUAAUAUAAACUGUAUAAACCCUUUUUAUACUCAUUUAUAAUAAAUAUUCCAGGGUUCCCUUAGAACAUAAUUAUUGAAACUAAAUUCUCCACCGAAACUUAAUAUUCUUAUUUAUUUCUAAAAUCAUUUGUAUUUUAUUAAUGUACGAGUUUAUUAUUUUUUCUUCUAAUGUUUACCCUUUACCAUUGUUGCCAAAUAUUGAAUAUUGUACAGAAGAUUCGUGCGUGAUAUUAGUUACCAUAGAAUAUUUGUAUGUACACAGACAAAAUAUGUAUAUUACAGUAAUUAUAUCGUUUCCUGUGUAAAUAUAAAUCCAAUAAGAUGAAGAUGUAAAUAGGAAGUUACGAUAUGUCAAAUAAAAUUAUUAAAAUUA